GGCAAGAUCUGUGAAAGAAAAAUCAGGGGAGAAAUUUAGUGCAGCUGCUGCAACAGUAGGUGUUGUGUGACUUGAGUUGCUGUGUGUAUGUGAUGAAUGCUAGUCAUACAGCGGAAAAUCAUAACACUGAACUAGUGAAAAAUGUGCAGCAUGAUUCUUUGCGAGAAGAGUCAUUGAGGGAAGCAUCCUGUAUAGGUGACAUAGAAACAGUAGAAUUGCUUCUGAGUAAUGGCACCCUAGAUGUUAACGCACGACAUAAAAUCAACGGCUGGACAGCAUUGCAUUGGGCUGCCAAAAGAGGUCACAAAGAUAUAGUACUUCUCUUGCUCGCAAAUGGAGCUGACAAGAACAUUUUGACAAACAAGAGCGAACUACCGGCAGCUUUAUGUAGUAGCGCAGAAAUUCGUAAACUAUUGGAAACGCCGUCUAAUACUGAUGUCCAAGAUUCUACCCAACAGCUACCAAUAGUACCCAAUUAUCUGAAGAACCCAACGCUUAUCACCAUGAAUUCAAGGAAACCUCCUGCUGCAGACUCCGGGCUUUCAAAUUCGAGUGUGCCAGUGCAUGCAGCUGUUGCAAAGUCUGCCCAGCAUAGUGGUGCAAUCUGUGAUGAAUUGGUGCUCAAAGCUCGUGUUGCAAAUAGUGGUGAACUGGAUUUCAUAGAAAUUGAGCUGCCACACAGUGAGCUAACAUACAACAAACUUUUACGUGUGUGCUGUGAUGAAUUGGGUGUGAAUGCUACCCAAGUGUUGAGGUUACGUAAGCUUCCAGACACAGUUCUCCGUAAGGAUAAAGACAUACGGAGAUUGAAAGACUUUCAAGAAAUAGAAGUUGUAGUUGCACCACCACCAGGAAGAAAGCUAGUUCCAGGUAGCAAUGGUUUUAUUAAUGUGCCAGCAGCACUCGGCACAAACAUAAAUGGUUACCAAUCCAUUUCUCUCCAUAAGAAUCAGACCAUUCUCUAUUGAACCUUAUUUAAUAUUUUAUUUUGUACUGGGUUUCUUAGCAGAUUGUAAGAGCUAGAAAUUAAUUUAAUUGAAAUAUUUCCUUAUUUAUCUGCUUGCCAAAUAUGUUUGUGGGCCUAACAUGUAGCACUUCUGGUUUUAUUUUGUAUGUGUUUUCAUCAUGUAGUCUCCAACAGUUCAUUUUGUGUCUGUAAAGUAAGAUGAAUAAGAUGAUGAGGAGAAAAAUAAUAGUGACAGUAACACGAAUAUAUUGUGAUUUGUAAUAUUUACUAAAUAUCAGUGGUUUUAAAUGUUGUAAGAAAUAGAUGUAGAAAGCUUGAA